AUGGACAAUGGUCAUUUAGACAAUCCUGAAGAUCUUGACGAAGAUGAGGAUGAGGAUGAGAAAAAGCCAGCGAAACGUUCAGGUCGUCGUAAGAUAAAGAUUGAAUAUAUUGAAGAUAAGACAAGACGCCACAUUACUUUUUCAAAAAGAAAAGCUGGCAUCAUGAAAAAAGCAUAUGAACUUAGUACAUUAACUGGUACUCAAGUGUUGCUAUUAGUCGUCUCUGAAACGGGUCUUGUUUAUACAUUUACUACACCCAAACUUCAACCACUUGUUACAAAACCAGAGGGUAAAAAUCUUAUUCAGUCCUGUUUAAAUGCACCUGAUACAGAUGAAACUGUAAUAUAA